AUGGCCGGAAGAAUAGCCUCGCUCGCUCUCUCCGUCAUUCAAAUGUCCACGUCCCUCGUGAUGUCGGCCCCAUCCAUAAAAGUACCCUCCCGCUACUCGGGCGAGGCGCAGAAGUUAGCAGACCCGAACUACGGCGCCAGGCCCGGCCAGUCAGAUCACUACAGCUCCUACUGGGGCGAGGACAGGCCCUUCCCCGGCAACAUCACCGAUCCCAUCUUCCCGACCAAGGAGGGACCGCCUGGCGAGGACGACUAUGUCUGGCAAAACCUGCUGGCGGCCGAGUGGGUCAUCUUUGAGUUCUACCAGCAAGGCAUCGAGACCUUCAGCGACGAAGACUUUGUCAAAGUCGGCAUGCCAAACACGACGCGCCGCCGCCUCAUGGAGAUCCGCAACAACGAAGCCGGCCAUCUCCGCAUCUUCCAAAACAAAAUCUCGCCCACCUCCAUCAAGCCCGGCCCCUGCAAGUACAUGUUCCCACUGACCGACCCGCUCGGGUACCUGGCCUUCCUCACGGUUCUCGAGAUCUCCAGCAUGGUGUUCUUGUCCGGCCUGGUGCAGCAGACCAAGGACACCUCCAACAUGGGCGCCAUGCUUGCCGUUUCCGAGACAGAGGCCCGCCACGAGGCGUGGGCACUGAUGGACCUCUGGAAGACGAACCCGCUGGCGGGGCCGUCGGACACGGCAUUCCCCUACGCCAACCAGAUCCUCGACAGCACCAACAACCUCAUCGUCCCGGGGAGCUGCCCGCCCGAGAAUCCGGAGUACCCGUAUCCGCGCCAGCGUCUGCCCGCGCUGUCGGCCGCGCCGGAUACCAAGAGCCUGGCGCCGGGAGCCAGGAUUAAACUGGCCUUUCCCGACCCGACCAACCAGCCUGUCUUUGAGAAGUACACGCAUUACUAUGCUGUCUUUUGCCAUGGCUUGACGAAUGUCAGCAUGCCCCUCAACACGUACGGCUGGCCCGAGAAGGAUAUUUGGGUUAAGAUUCCCAAGAACUUUGAAACUCGUGGUGCUAUUGUGGCCUUGAUUGCCAACAAGGCGGGCGCGCCUACCAAGGAGUCGGUCGUUGCUGGGCCUUCUGUUAUUCUGGAGCAGCCGGUGCAGCUUGGAGCGGCGUUGCUCCGUGGGGGGAAGCCUGAGUAG